AGCUGUAAAACAGUUUCCCAGACCCGGGCCUACUACAUCCCAGACCCGUAUGGGUCUGGAUGUGAUAGGCACGUUAGAAGUAGGACAUGUGUCACACAAGUAUUACUUGCUCACCAACGUCGCGCCAUUCAAACCACGAAAAAUCAACAAGGCCCGUACAGAGCCAUCUUGUUUAGGCUUCAUGCGAUUCCAUUAAUUCAAUUUCAACGAGUCUCGCUUGGUUCCGUAACAGUUCGAACGGACGAAAGAAGAACACGAAGGAUCUCAAUCUCAUCAACCAACUCCUUGUACAGAACUCACUUGAUUUUUCUGAUGGAAAAUGAUUGCCCAGUGUACACUGUGGAUGAAGCACUUGUGUCCUUGGGGUUUGGGAAGUUCCAAAUCUUUGUGCUUGCUUAUGCUGGGGCUGGUUGGAUUGCAGAAGCAAUGGAAAUGAUGCUUCUUUCUUUUGUGGGACCAGCAGUUCAGGCUGAGUGGGGGCUUUCUUCUCAUGAAGAGAGUCUAAUAGCCAGUGUUGUUUUUGCUGGCAUGCUAGUUGGAGCUUAUUCAUGGGGCAUUGUUUCAGAUAACUAUGGACGGAGGACUGGGUUUUUCAUUACAGCAAUAAUUACUGCUGGAGCUGGUUUAUUAAGUUCUUCUUCCCCAAAUUAUAUUUCAUUGAUUAUUCUGCGUUGUUUGGUUGGAAUUGGUUUGGGAGGUGGUCCUGUGCUUUCAUCCUGGUUUUUAGAGUUUAUUCCUGCCCCAAAAAGAGGUACUUGGAUGGUUGUUUUCUCAGCUUUUUGGACUCUUGGAACAGUUUUUGAGGCUUCACUUGCCUGGGUUAUCAUGCCAACACUGGGAUGGAGGUGGCUACUUGCACUGUCCUCUUUACCGUCAUUAGUUCUGCCUCUUUUCUAUAGUAUAACACCAGAGUCACCGAGGUAUCUCUGUCUGAGAGGUAGAACCACUGAAGCUCUUGAUGUUUUGGAGAAAAUAGCAAGAGUGAACCAAACUGAACUCCCUCCUGGCAUGCUUGUUUCUGAUCACAAAAUUGAACGGGAUGAAGAAUGUAUUCCAUUAGAAGAUACUCAUUUACUCUCACCAAGAAGAAAGGAAUCCAUAUCUUCUAAGAAUAUGAGCUCCAAAGUGGGAGCCCUUAGUUCUCUGUUUAUUCUUCUUUCACCAAAACUAGUCAGGUCAACCCUCCUUCUGUGGAUGGUAUUCUUUGGGAAUGCCUUUUCAUAUUAUGGUCUUGUAUUGCUGACCUCUGAGUUGAGCAGUGGGAAAGGAAAAUGUACACCAAAUGCUUUGCGUUCAGAAAAUUACCAUAAUACAAAUCUCUAUAGAGAUGUUUUUAUCACUAGUUUUGCAGAGUUUCCUGGUCUCCUGUUGUCAGCAGCAACUAUCGACAGGGUUGGUCGCAAGUUUACAAUGUCAGCUAUGUUCUUCUUAGGUUGCAUUUUUCUUCUCCCACUGGUAAUCCAUCAAGCUGAGAUCUUGACAACUGGUCUUCUGUUUGGUGCACGCAUAUGCAUUACUGGAACCUUUGCAGUGGUUUAUAUUUAUGCUCCAGAGAUAUAUCCAACAUCAAUAAGGGCCACUGGCCUUGGAGUUGCAAGCUCUGUUGGAAGAAUUGGGGGGAUGAUAUGUCCUAUUGUAGCUGUGGGAUUAGUACAUAGCUGUCAUCAAACUGCAUCCAUUUUUCUAUUUGUGAUUGUGAUGUUCCUUUCAGGGUUCUGUGUUAUGCUCUUCCCUUUUGAAACCAAGGGCCGUGAGUUGAGUGACACUGUAUCUGGCUCAAAACAAAUUAAUGCAGUGGCCUGAUGGCUGAUACCACUGUGAUUGUAUCUCAUUAUUUUUAGAAAUAGGUUGAUCUUUCUCCAGUUUAUUCCUUGGGGUAAGUUCAGCAUGUUUCCUGAUAGUUUGUCUUUUGAAUGAAGUGCUGUUGUUGUAAAGUGGCAAGUGGUUGGUUAUCAAAGUAGAACAGGAAUGCACCGAGAAGCUACAUGUACUUCACCUGUAUGUAAUAUAAUGUAUUUCCUAUAAGGAACCCAUAAAAUGUUAAAUUCUAGGUUUCUCUAGCAUACUCCAGAUUUAUUUGCUACCACUUGUGAAUUGUGGUAGUGACCACAUAUUUGAUAAGCCAGUAAGGUAGGUGCUUUGAACUCU